AUGAGCCAAUCUCCCGCUAUCUACGAUAAGAGCGGACGACAAUUAGCUGGUGCAGCAGACAACCCUCCUCAGAAUGGGUAUGCUGCCACAUUCGCGCACCAUUGCAAUGUUGGUUACAAGGAUGGACAAUCCAAGACCGCGUUCUUCUACUCAGGGCCCGCAGACAGUCACCUCGCGGGUCGUGCUAUGAAUAUCGCCGAGAGUAUGGCAUAUUCGAGCUUGAGGAGGUGA